GUUACUCUUCACAGUUCUAACAAAAAACUCGAAGAUUCAAAUCGAAGCCGAAUCUGUUGAAUUUGCAGGCAUGGAUCCCGACGCAGCUUUAGGGCUCGUAAAGCAUGGCGCUACACUUCUCCUCCUCGAUGUUCCUCAGUACAACGUCUUGGGCCUCGAUACUCAGAUGCUUUCUGCUGGGCCUAAUUUUAAGGGUAUUAAGAUGAUUCCUCCAGGUCCUCAUUUUGUGUAUUAUAGUUCAUCGAGCAGAGAUGGCAAGGAGUUCUCGCCAAUUAUUGGCUUCUUUAUUGACGCUAGCCCCUCUGAGGUAAUUGUUCGGAGGUGGGAUCAAAAGGAGGAACGAUUAGUCAAAAUAUCGGAAGAAGAGGAAGAGAGAUAUUGUCAAGCAGUUAAAAGUUUGGAGUUUGACAGACAAUUGGGUCCUUACAAUCUAAGCCAGUAUGGAGAUUGGAAACACUUAUCAAAUUUCAUUACUAAGAGCGUUAUUGAACGAAUUGAACCCAUUGGAGGAGAAAUUACUGUUGCAUGUGAACCUGGGAUGGUUAAAAACACUCCAAAAACAGCGAUGGAGAAAGCACUAGUUGAGCAGUUGAAGACUAGUAAGUUCUCAACAUCUGUUGACGAGUCUCAGAGCAGAAGAUGUUACUAUACAUCAAUUCCACGAGUUAUAAAACAAAAAGGAAUUUGUGGCCAAGAACUUACUUCCUUGAAUCUUGACAAGACACAACUAUUAGAAAGUUUACUGAUAAAAGAUUAUGGAAGUUCUGAAGACAUACUUCUUGGGGAGCUGCAAUUUGCAUUUAUUGCAUUUUUGAUGGGACAAUCACUUGAAGCGUUUCUGCAGUGGAAAUCUUUGGUUAGCCUUUUAUUUGGAUGUACUGAAGCUCCUUUUCAUACAAGGACUCAGCUAUUCACACAGUUCAUUAAGGUUGUCUACUAUCAACUGAAAUAUGGGCUUCAAAAAGAUUGCGCAGAUACCAGUGGUGCAGUGGGACAGGCAUCAACACUGCUGGAUGAUUCAUGGUUUUCUGCCGAUAGCUUUUUGCAUCAUCUUUGCAAGGACUUCUUUUCAUUGAUGCAAGAUGCCUCACCUGUUGACGGACAUCUUCUAUCAUGGACGAGGAAACUUAGGGAGCUGCUUGAGAACAGUCUAGGGUGGGAUUUCCAGCUGACCAGUGCAGUUGAUGGAAUGCACUUCGAAGAAAAUGAUGAGUUUGCUCCUGUUGUUGAGAUGUUGGAUGACCCUAGUUUUAGCUAGAUCUCAGGCAACUUUAAAACAUGCGGAUCAUUUCAUAUCUUUUCACUUGCCAAUUCGAAGACAAAUGUAUUUUACUUUGUACAGAACUGUUUGUAAAUUAACAAAAUAAGAUUGAUAGAUUGUUCAAGCCUUUUCCGGUGAUUUUGUAUCGUUAAUAUUUUGCUACAAAUUUUGGGAUUUCUUU